AAGUGAUGAUUCGUCCGUCAGGUCCGUCAGCAGUAGUCGCAGUCAGCCGAGGCGUACUCAGUUUCCACUUUCUUUCACGAUAGCAUACGUAUGCAUUUGCUUUUCUGACACUAUAUGUGAAUUUCUAAGGAGAUGUGUCGCUACACUAAAAGUCUGCAAAGUGCUGAUGCCAAGGGGGACACCAUAAGUCCAGUAACACAUUUAUGUUCUGAUUAAGCACACGUUCACGUCGUUCUCUCCUGAAUUAUGCUGGCAUGGAGAUCAACAUAAGCAAAGGAAACGGCGACAAUGGUCAGAGUUCGGAAUCCAGUUCCACAACCUCGAGUGGCUAUGUUCAGAUAUCAAUGGAAGGCGAAGAAGCGAACGGCAACGGGUUCGGCGGGGACUCGCCUGCACACAUCGUCAGUUCUCCAUCACGCAGUGCGAAGGAGAUGGAAGACUUUGUGUUCAUGUCAACGUCAUCCAGCAGUUCUGACUACCAGCACUUGACAGGAUCCUUGGACAGUGGUUCUUCAGCCAAGAAAGUUGAGGUCAGCAGUGCCUUAUGGGGUGUCACAGGGACAUCUUUCCUCCAACAGAAGGGUUUUGGAUGGCUAAUGGAAGUAGACACAUCAGAUGACGAAGACAAAGCCCCUCUAUUGGAGGAACUGGAUGUGGACCUGAAAGACAUCUACUACAAGGUGCGAUGCGUACUGUUUCCGUUUCCCUUCAUGGGCUACCAGCGUCACAUUGUACGAGACAGCCCGGACUUUUGGGGACCACUCCUGGUCAUUGUACUCUUUUCACUGGUAUCCCUCUAUGGGCAGCUGAGCGUUGUUUCCUGGAUUGUGACUAUGUGGAUCUUGGGCUCCUUAGUCAUCUUUCUGCUUGCCAGGGUACUCGGUGGCGAGGUAAAUUACUCCCAGUGUCUCGGUGUAAUUGGCUAUUCUGUUCUACCAUUGGUCGUCACAGCUACAGCAUUGCCUUUGGUCAGUUCGUUGCAUUAUAUAGGACUGCUGAUGAAACUUCUAGGUGUUGUGUGGGCCACAUACAGCGCUGGAUCAUUACUGUGUGUGCAAGAACUGCAAAACAAGCGACCACUGUUGUUGUAUCCAGUGUUUCUGCUCUAUGUCUACUUCUUCUCAUUGUACUCUGGAGUAUAAAGUGCCAGUGCAGAAUGAGUGUGCUGUUGGGACAGAAAUCUACAUGUUGUGGCUGGACUGUUGAGGGCACCUUUUUAAAUAAUAAAAUUCUUCACAGGUCAUAAUAUGUAUGAUAUAA